AACCACGAUACCUCAACCAGCAACCAGCUGGCCGUAUCAAAAACGCGAAAAAGUGUAUGUUUUCUUUGUCGAAUUUCUCUCAAAUACGGUUAGUAACACUCGGUGCUUAUAUCAGAAGAAUGGGUCGCAAAAAUCGGAACGUUAACAAAUUCGCUCAGCGCAAAAGGGACAAGAAAGAGCAGGAGAAAAACCCUAAAGAGAAGCCUGCAGGUGAUACACGAAAACACUAUGAAGAUAUAGUGCGAGAAAAUGCGGAUUUUGAACAGUAUUACAAAACACAAAAAGUAUGCCCCGAAGAAGAAUGGCCAGCAUUUAUGGCAGCACUCAAAGAAAAUCUGCCCACUACAUUCCGUAUCACUGGGUCCAAGUGUGAAGCUGAUGCGCUUAUGAACAUUGUUAAGAGCAAAUACUUCUCCGAACUGUUGAAUGUGAGGCUACAGGUGGAAGGAAAAGAGGAAGGGGAAGAGAUCAAGCCUUUCAAUCUGCCAUGGUACCCAGGCGGUCUAGUGUGGCAGCUCCGCCUGUCCCGCAUGGAUAUCAGACGCAAUGAGACAUUAUACCGUCUCCACAACUUCCUCGUGGCAGAGACAGCGGCCGGGGGAGUGUCUCGUCAGGAGACCGUGUCCAUGAUACCACCUGUUGUGUUGGAUGUGAAGCCACACCAUAAAGUAUUAGAUAUGUGUGCAGCACCAGGUUCAAAAACAGCUCAACUAAUAGAAUUCCUGCACGCAGAUGAAGACAAAAUGCCUACCGGCUUCGUAAUGGCGAAUGACGUGGACAAUAGCCGCUGCUACAUGCUGGUGCACCAGGCCAAGCGGCUCAACUCGCCCUGCAUCCUCAUCACCAACCACGACUCAGCCGUCAUGCCGGCCAUGCAAGUCACUGAUGAGAAGAACCCCGGAUCCACGAAACAGCUGAAGUUCGACCGCAUCCUCUGCGACGUGCCGUGCUCCGGCGACGCGACUCUGCGCAAGAACCCCGACAUAUGGCUCAAGUGGUCCACAGGCAACGGGAACAAUCUGCACGGGAUCCAAUACCGCGUGCUCCGCCGCGGCUGCGAGUCCCUAGCAGUUGGUGGCCGUCUGGUCUACUCCACCUGCUCCUUCAACCCCGUCGAGAACGAGGCCGUCAUCCACAGACUCCUGCAAGAGACAGGAGACGGCAUGAAGCUGGUGGACGUCAGCGGUAUGCUGCCGGGACUCAAGUACCACAAAGGCAUGACAUACUGGAAGCCGGCGUCAAAAGACAUGGUGUUCUACGACAAGUUCGAGGAUGUGCCGGAGAAGUGGCAGACGGUUGUGAGACCGCAGAUGUUCCCACCCAGUCCCGAGGAUCUGGGCAAAUACAACCUGGAUAGGUGUAUAAGAAUAUUGCCACACCACCAAGAUACCGGUGGAUUCUUCGUAGCCGUCUUCGAGAAAGUCUCAUCACUCCCAUGGGAGAAAGAAGAAAAAGACAGCAAAGAAACAGAAGAACAGAACACAGAAGAAAAGAAAGAACCGCCCAAGAAGAAAAGAAGAAUGGGGGGCUACAAAGAAGACCCGUUCGUAUUCUUCUCUGGAGAUACCGAAGAUGUGUUUCCUUCUAUCAAAGAAUAUUACGAUCUAAACGCUAAGUUUGAUUCUAAGUGUCUGUUGACGAGAUGUCACGUGGGGAAGAAGAAGAAUAUUUACUUAGUUUCUCCGCUAGUGAAAGAUGUGGUGCAGAAGAAUGAGGCGAAAAUAAAGAUUAUAAAUACUGGUGUGAAGACGUUUGUGAGGUGUGAUAAUAAAAAUAUGGUGUGCCCAUUCAGACUGUCACAAGAAGGCCUGGCCAGCAUAGCGCCGUUCAUCGGAGCCAAGCGACGCGUGCGCAUCUUGAAAGAGGAUUUAAUUCUCGUGCUACAAAACGACAACCCCAGCAAACCGCCGGAGCUCAGCAAGUUCAGCGAACACACGCAGAACUUGGUCAAGGAUUUGGCAACCGGCAGCUGCAUCCUAGAGUUCCAAGACACAGAGUCUACUCUUCAACUAACACUAGUGGGCUGGCGCGGCGUGCAUUCGCUACGAGCUUACACCGCCACCUCCGAUACUGUGCACUAUCUGAGAUUACUUGGCGCUGACUACAGCAAAUACGGUAAGCACAGCAAACAGUGCCUUGUUAUAUACACUCAACAUUUUUUUUUUUUUAUCCACAACGAGGAAGCUCUUGGCCUGUAUCUCACCUGAUGGUAAGUGAUGAUC